CACGUGUUAUUGUUGACGUCAGUAAGACAGUUCGCCGUUACUCAGUUAAGUUCAGAAACAUGUGAAUAUGUUGACAAGUUUCAAUGGCUUAUGAAGAAUUAUGUUUGAUUAUAGUCCUAACUGUAUUUGUUUUGGUGUAUUUCUUCCAUAUUUCCAUAAAACUUCUAUCAUGGUUUCUAUAUAGAAAAUAUGGUAUGAAACUGAAAGUGGGUGGUUAUGGCUUCCUGGGCUUUCGUGACAUUCAUUUGCAGCUGAGGAAUGGCUUAAAACUGGAAAUCGAAUAUGUUGGACUGAAUAGUUAUUUGUUUAGUUCAAAUUUAAAGAAUUUUUUUGUGAUUUGUAUAAAUGAUAUACGCCUUCAAGGAGACACUGAUUGGAUAAAAUCAUACACACCAUCAACAAAGAAACAGUCCGAGAGAAAAAUUUUUUUAACUGCUUUCCCAAGUUGUACUUUUUUACUUAAGUUUGUAUCAUUGUACAUUUUAAAUGCAAGUGUAAUGCAACUUGGGAAGUCAGAUGAAGAAUUUCUUUUACACUUCUCAUUUCAAGAAUUCAAUUUAUAUUGUUGUUGUGUACAGUCAAGUUUUCAAAUCAACAUGGCUGUGUCAUCUUUUUCUGUGAAGGUUUUUAAACAUCUGCCACAUGAUCAAGAACAAUAUCAUUCUUCGGAAGCCUGUAUUUGUCAUUUUUCAUCAAACCUCUUUUUGAUUAUUCAAGCAAAUUCUUCAAAAGUCAUCCCAUUUCAGUCUGUAUGUGCUAAAGUAGGAGAACCUGAACUGAUGCUAUAUGAAGGUUUUUCUCUGCUUAAGUUUAAAAAUUAUGCAACAAAUAAUUUACAAACUCAGAAACAACAAUCUGAUGAAGAAACAAAAGUGUGUGAUGAGGGAUCUGUGUCUUCAAAUGAUUUAAAAAGGAAAUUCAGAAAUGUUCCACAGAUUUCUGAUGUUUCUGUUGAUUUAUUUUCUGUGAAAGUAAUGAUGGAAGGUGGACACAGGACAUUUACAUUUGGAAUUAAACUAAUUGCUCUACACCUGGAAGUCGGUGACUUCCUGGAGGAUGCAAAGCUUCCGAAUAUUGUGUCUCAGCUUGAAGUAAAAGAAGUUUCUGCUGCUAGUGAUCACAUUCAAAUUGGACAUUUAUUAAAAUUGGCCUUGGAAAUUAAUGUAAUUGACAAACUGGUAGAUGCUAAAUUUAGCCUUUCUUUGUUGCAUAUAUUGUAUCAGAAAGAAAUUCUGCAGUACUUUUUAAGUACUAUGAUGGUCAGUAAUCAAAAUAUGCAGUUUAAAUCUGAACCAAACUUCAAAAGAAAAGUAACUGUUAAAGAAUUAUUAUAUGGAUAUAAAAUUAAAACUACAGCAGAUGUUGAAGAUGUAUGUAUCUCAUUUAAGAUUCCCGAUUGUGAAACUUUUAGUUUUGGAUUAAUGAAUGGACAGAGUUCUUUAGAACAUUAUAUUUUUAACAGACAUGAAAGCAAUACUUCUCAAAACUUGUCUUUGAAUGGAGGUUCUAGCUUAGAAUUUCUGUUAGAAACUUUGUACUUUAAACUUGGAGAUACAAAAUUUGCAGAUUUUGGAAUGUUAAAACGAUACCACUUUUAUAAUAUACCUAUUUCAAUAGGAGUGUUACUAUUAAAGGCCAGAUCCAGUCAAACCGACCAAUGUUGUGAUUGUAUGUUUGAUGGUUGUCAACUACAGUGGAGUCCUAGUUUCUCUCAUCUAGUCAUGUAUCUUUUAAAAUUUGUAAAGAACAGUUUUUCAAGUGAUAUAUCUGCUCACAAAUUGCAGAAUUCAUCAUUUGUUAAUAAAAAUAAAAAAUCAGUCGGAAAAUCACUUUCUGUUGAUCUUAGUUUUACUGGAUUGAACUUGUUUGCUUUUAAUGAAUGUAGAAAUGGUAUUGUGAUAAGAGCAGAUACAUUAAAUUUAAAUUCUUCUACAGAAAAGUUAAAAAUGGCAAUUCAAGGAUUCAAACUUGGAAUGCUGAAUUCUGUUAUUCAGGUGUAUCAGUGUGUUAAGGCAUCAGAAAUAAAAAAUUAUGAAACUUUUGUGAUGGAUUCAUCUAUAUUAUAUAUAAAAAAGGAUAAGUCCUUUACAGUCAGAUUAUCUGAAAUUGUGUAUUUACUGUGGAAUUCAACCUUGCAUAUGACUGUUUUCACAAUUUUCCAAGAAUGCCUUACAUUUAAGAGCAAUGUUCAAAACUUCUGUAAUAACAUUAAAAGUGCUGCUAUUCAAGACCAAGUUGAUGAAGAUACUUCAUCUUACAAAACAGGCACUGACAGCAAAAAGACUAUUAGUUGGACAUUUAGUUUACAGGCUAGAGGGAAUAUAUCCAUAGGUGCUAUCCUUUCAAAAAUGCACAAGACGAGCCUUGUAGGUACCGAUUUCUGUCUCAGUUUUAAUCAUCACUUAAUAACAUCUAACUCUAAAUGCAUUACGUGGGUAUUUGAUGACCAUGAUAUAUUUAUAUAUGAGAAUGCUGCAGUUUCACUAAUGCCAGGCACUGAGCAGCAACAACUUUGCAGGCAAGGUUUUGAUGCCUUGGAGCUCUCAAACAACCGAAUUCUGAGCUUUCAUUUUGAUUCUGUGAAAUUUAUAUUUCCAUACAAGUACAAUUUUGCUGAAGCUUUUAGUGAAGAAUACGUUAAUGUAAUAAAGUGGCUCAAGAUACUACAUAAGAAAAAGAAAACACCUUUUACAUUAGAAAGUAAACUUCCACCUGAUUUGCAGAUUAUUUGUAAGGUGUGGACUAUUGAACUAGAAGAUGAUCCUUUUGAAGUGAAAUUGCGAGAUAAUUUUGAGUUACUUGAAGAUGAAUAUCAUGAAAGCUUAAAAAGAAAACGAAUGCUUGACGAAAAAAUUGAAAAUUUUCGCCGAACAAAUUUACUUUUACCUAGUGAGAAAAUCAACUUGCUCUAUUCUAAAUUAGCAAAGAAAAAUGCGGAAAUCUACAUUCAGCGUUCUCAGCAACUAUACCUGAAAAAUUCAAUGCGAACUUCCUUAUGUACCUGGAGACUUGAUGAUAUAGAAUUCAUAGCAAUUGCUGAUACAUCGUACCAUGGCACUGAACGUGUUAUUCGCUGUAUGAAAUUAUUAGAUGCAGAAAGUCCAUACCCUGAAGAAGGUAUUGAAUUUACAACACUGUGGGCAAGAAAAAUCAGAUGUACUGCGAAGUCAUGGACAUGGCAAAUGAGAGAUUUCCCCCAGAUGCCUUUGCAAAUUCGAGAACUCAAUAUAUGGGGAUUUCUCAUUGGUGCAGAAGAAGAAGCUUCCCAUAGAGCUAGGAGGACAUCAAAAUUGGAAAUAGAUGAUCCUUGGUCUACUGUAGAUAUAGAACGAAGCAUGCAGCCUCUAAAAUUUUAUCAUGAUCUUACAUUUGAUAUGGAAGAAAUGUCUAUGGCUUAUGGUCCUAGUUGGGAACCUGUUGUUUCUCAAAUUAGUUUAGCAGUGGAGUUUGUUAGUAGACCAUCAUUGGAUCCUAGCCCUGCUCUUCCGUGGUGGGAUAAAAUGAGACUUCUUUACCAUGGUCGACUCACAAUAUUAGCUCAGCAUCUUAUUUUAUAUAUGCGAGCAUCUCUUGAUCCCUAUAAUACUACUGAACAUAUGGAAAUAUCUUGGUCAGAUGUCUUUAUUGAGUGGACUACUGGAAAGGUUCUAACAAAAGGUAACCUUGACAUGUAUGUUCAUACAGCUUCAAAAUAUGAUGAUAUUAGAGUUUUACGUAUUCCUCAUCUCAAAUUGAGUAUAAAUUUUGAUUGGCUGUGCCUUGGAAAUCCAUAUGAUCAUCAUAAUGUUACACCUUGUGCUCCAGAUAAAGUACCAGAGUAUUCCAUAAACCAGGAACAUGAUUCUUAUCGUGCAUUUCGAUCGCAAAAUUUAAAUAUCUCAUACUCAUAUGAAACAAAACAUAUGCAUGCUGAUCAAGAAGAUAUUCCAACCAUGCUUUUGUAUAGUAGCACCUUGAAAUGGAUUGAAAACUUGAAGAUGAUUCUUUCUGGAGUGACACGUUUAACAAGGAGAGGCGUAUUAUUUUCAAACACAAAACCUCGUAAGCCACAAUUGAGUCGACAUUAUCACAGAUUAUGCGUUUCUUUGAACUUACAUAAAUUUAAAAUAAUUUAUUGGAUGUCUUUUGCCAAGCAACGAGGACUGGAACUUAUUGGUGGGCAUCUGUUUCUCAGCUCUGAGCAUACUCAAACACUUGUACCUGUAGCUGAUGGCCUUAAACAUAGGCCUCGUGCAAACUGGAAUAUUGGUUACUUGAAUUCUGAAUUAACUGACAGUGAAAUUUGGCUGUAUAAUUGUAUGGAUGAAGAAAAUGAAAAUGCUACAAAGUCAUUCCAUGCACCUGUGGAGCGAAGUUACUUUUUGAGUGUUAAUAGAGUUUCAUAUGGAAGAGAAGAAAUAGUAAAAGAUGUUAUAUCUGAAGAGGAUCAAGCUGACACUCCUACUCAUCGAUUAGUAGUUCAUGGGCUAAAAGGUGCCUGGACUAGACACAAUCGAUUAGUUAUCUUUAGUCUCUUUGAUAGCUAUCAAAAAACUGUUAUUUUGAAAAAAAAUCUGUCUACAGAUGCCCUUCGUUGUUUCAAAGUUGAAUCUCAAAAUACGCCUCAGAGAUCUAGAGCUCAAACAAGUAUGUCACAAAACUCUUCAGUAGGUCCUAGUCCGAUUAGUAGUCUUCAGUCAAGUCAUGUAGCUUCUAUGCUUCAAAAACUGGUAGCAGAAUCAGAAGCUAACCCUACUGUUUUUAUAGAAGAGAUUGAAGGUACUACACGAGAACAGCAACUUCACGGUGUCGCUGCAUGUCAGACUAAUGAUGUUCUACAGAAAAAAUGGCUCAUUGAACUAGUUAAUAGUCAAGUAAUGUUGAAAGGUUGUGAAACAUCUGGUUAUGUCAUUGUGAGUGCUGCUAAGGCUAGAAUAUUACAGAAGUUGCACAUUCCUGUUUGGAAAGAUAGAUCACUUGUCUCAAAAACUACAUGGGUCGGAUCAUUUGAAUGUAUGCAGUAUUAUGCAACUGUUGACGCAGGCAGCCCGAGUCCAUCUGUGGAUGAUGUGAUGUGGCUUUCUGUUGAUAAUAUAGAAGAAAAAGAAUCUAUGGUGAUUAGUGAUCUUCCUGAUUUAGUUGGAAGUGGCCAUAGUGCUGGUGGCGUAGUUAGUAGUACUGUAGGUGCUACUUCUGAUCCACAAUCAGCUCCUACUCAACUACAGAGAAUUGUGUCUCGAUGUGGUUGUCAGUUUUUUUAUGCCGGCUAUGGAGAAAAUAUCAAUCCUAGUGGUUUAGAAGAGGUGCCACCUCUGCCAGAAGAUAAUGAUUUAUGGGAGAAAGAAGUAGCUGUAGAUUCUUUUACACUCACCCAUCAUGAUUUAGAUAUUUGUACAAAUUCUCUUCAAUAUGCCAUGAUUCUUGAUGUAGUAAACAAUCUGCUACUUUACGUUGAACCAAGGAAAAAAGAAGCCACAGAUAAAUUACAGUAUAUGAGAUUUCAGCUUCAGCUGUUGAAAAUUGAAGAUCAGAGAGGCCCAAUCUUGCAAUUACAAGAAAACAUAAGAUCUCUGGUAUCAAACUUGCGAAGAUUAGAGAAAGAGGCAUAUGCCAUUCACAAGUUACUUUUAGAAAGUUCGGAUAGGGAAGAUCUCCUGGAAGAGCUCCAUGUGCUUGAUCAUAAGAUAUAUGAACAUAAGGAACAACUUAAUUCUAUGAAUGAAGAGUUAACGAUGAUGAUAAGUUGUUUUAAGGAAACACAAAUUAUUGCUAGUCGUUCACGCCAGAGAGCAUCAUCACAGGAAAAAGUAGUUUCAACUUCCAGGAGGUCAGAAGUUUGUUUUAAACAUGCUCAAUGGAGAUUAACUGAUGCUGAUGGGCAACUAGGAAUUUCAGAUUUAAUUUUAAGUAACUUUCUGUAUUCCAAAGUGGCAAAAACAGAUGAUUCUGUUGAACAUCUUCUUGAAAUAGGAUAUAUAAAAAUGCGAAAUUUACUUCCAAAUCAAGCAUAUAAGAUUGUGCUGCAGCCUACUGAUGUGCAGACAAAAAUCCCUCUUGAUAGGCAGUGCUUACUGAGGAUUUAUUGUCGAGAAAGAGCCCCUGUUGGUGGAAUUUCUAUAAAAGAACAUCUUGAAGUAAAUGUUGUGCCAAUAACAAUCGGAUUGACAGAAGCAUUUUACAAAGCGAUGUUGAAAUUCUUUUUUCCAGGAAGGGAUACAGAGAAAGCUGAUGAUCAUUCAGAUGAUGAAGAACCAGCUACUUCUAAAAAGACUUUCAAACAGAAAAGGUCAGCUACUUUUUAUGGAGAGAGAGAUGAUAUUGAAAAAAUGAAAGAAAGAGCAGAUAAAAAUCACACAUUUUUUUCUAUAAAAAUACCUGAAGUUCCUAUCCGUGUUAGCUAUAAAGGAAGAAAAGAGAAGAAUAUAGAAGAUGUGCAUGAUCUUAGCUUGGUUUUGUCAACACUUGAAUACCAUAAUAAAACUUGGACUUGGUUGGAUUUGCUAAUGGCUUUAAAGAAUGAUGCAAAGAGGAUUUUGCUUUCUCAAGCUAUCAAGCAGAAGUUAUUAAAAUCUCGUAACAUUCCAGAAAAAGACAAUCAACCUCAAGAAGAUGAAAUAGCCUCCAUAUUACUUGGAACACAUUCUGUUGGGUCAGACAGGACACUGAAAAAAGGAUUUCUAAGUAGAAUGAAGAAAGAUCACCAUUAGUUGUGAUUAUAUACAAGUAAUAAUAGGAUUGAGAGAAACAAGUUGGACUGCUAAAAAUUUUUCUUCUAAAACUUGACACACCUAUCAAAAAAUAUUUUCCAAGAUUCUAAUCUCAUUUUAAGCCCCCCCCAAAAAAAAAACUCUUUGGGAUAUAAUUGAUAUGAACUAUUUCUAUGAAAUUUAACAGCAAAGACAAGUAUCACACAAAGCAUGCAAAUGUUUUUGAUAAAUAAAGUAUUAUAAGGCAUUUUCUAAAUCUGGUAAUUUUUUUAGAUUAUGAAAAUGUUUUAUAACAUUUCAUCCUUUUCUGGGUGAAUUGUUUUUUUAAAUUUUGAAUUUAUAAAAUAGGAUAAUUAUAUUACAAUAUUAUCAUUUUAAAUAGAAUAAUCGUUGUUGUAGAUAAGUUUUGAUACUAGCAAAAAAUGGUUUAAUUUCAAAUUUUCAACUUUUUUUUUAAUCAUGUUGAGUGAAGUUUAUUUAUUUAUUUUAUUUUAUAUGUUAAAUUUCAAAUUAUUUUCUCAUUUUUUCAAUGUGCUAUGUUUUCUUUGUUACCCUUUCAUAGAAAAACAUACCAGUUUAACUCUUCUUACUGAAAAUGCAAGUUUUUACCUCAUUUUCUUACCUCUUUAUUUAUAAUUUUAACAUAUAAAAGUCUUAUAUGGUGAUAAAUGUAUUUUUUGAAUUUUAGUAUUUUUAUUUAAAAUAUUACACACAGAGAAAAACUGCUUUUGUAUUUAUUAAAUUUGAUUAAAAAAUAGAUAAUUUGUAAAGCAUUUACAUUAAUGAUAAUUUACAGCUGUUUAAUAUAUGUAUUUAUGCAGAAUUAGAUACAAUUGUGAAUCACUGAAAGUUGUUAUGAACACAAAUCAUUCCUGAACUAUUUUAACAGUUAUGUUUUUUUUAAAUGCUGAUACAGAAAGCAUUGUUCGCAACUGAAUCAAAUUUUUGUAUUAACAAAUAAAAUAUUAUUAACGAUGCAUGUUUAUUUGUACUUGCCAAAAACUAGAAUAAUUAACUUAAAAUGUCUAAUUUGUGCUAAUAUAAAUUCAGUAAAGUUCUCUAUAAAUAUCUGUUGCAAGUUUAAAAUGGAGAAAAGAGUUUAAAGUAUUUUAAGUUCAGUUUUGGUUGUAGUUCAUUGAUUAUUAAUGUUUUAAUACUUUUCAUUACGUAAUAACUGACUUGCAUAUUAUUUCAAUUUUAUCUCAGCUGUUAACAUUUUUAAAAGACUUAAAUAUAAACACAAAUAAUGACCUUCCAAUGAAAAGGUUAAUACAGUGGUUCCCAGACUUAAUUUUCAUCACCCUUACGAUAUCAGAAUUUUCUCACGUUGCCCAGAUUUAAAACAAAGGUAUACAGUGUGCAAUUGAUUAAGCUAAGUUAAAAAAAAUCAGUGUAACAUGAUUUAUUUAAUUAGUAUGAUUUCAACUGUGCUAACAGUUUACGUAAAAUGCAUUAAAUAGUUGCAAAUUUUGAACAGUAAUAUAAUCGAAUAAGUAAAUCAUAAUUAAUUGGAGGGGUGACCUUCUUGUUUGCUGUACACCUCAGAUCUUAGAAUCAAAUUGGAAAUAGUUCUUUUCUUGUUUCACUUUCUUUUUCUCCUGAUACUUUCAUAUUUUAUCAAUGAGUGCUGAAAAUCCAGUUUUACAAAAAUAUGUCAGACACGGAAUUAAGAUUCAUUACAUUUUGCAUCUUUUUUUGUGGGUACUUAAAUGUCGGUGAAUUCCAUGAUGUAAAAUUCUAUUCUAACCAGUGUUAAUUGCUAUAUCUUUUUUUAUCAUUAUAAUAGCAUAAUUUUAAAACCACAUAAGUUGUCAAAUCAAGCACAACCUCGUGUCAUUCUAAAUAUAACAUUUCUCUUAAAAAAUGGGAUUAUUUCAUGUUGCCCAUUUUGGGAACUUUUGAGCUAAGUAUCUGAAAUCACAGUAAUUAAUUAAUUUUCAUUUUAUUACUUUUUUCAGAUACAGAAAUACCUGUAAGGACUUUUUAAUAAACAAUAACCCAAAUCUAAACUAUAGUUCUUACCAAAUUAAAAAUGAACUGUAUAAUCAUAUAUAAUAGAAAUUGUUAUGAAUUAGGUUGCAAAAAUAUUUAUACUAAAAUCAGUUUGAAACAAGCCAGAAAUGGACAAAUAUAUAUGUUUGAUAUUUCCAUUGUAAUACCAUUUAUUUUUUUAAAGGGAUGUUGAGGUAUCUACAACCAUUAACAUUUUAUGAUAUUACUGAAUAACAAUUUACUUAUUUGCAGUUAUUUCCUAAAUAUAACUAUGUCACUGAAGCAUUAUGUGGAUAAAUAUUCAGUAAUAAAUGCUUGUAAGUUUGUUCAAGUAAAUUUGAUCAUUUGACUUCUACUUUGAAUUUCUGUGGAUAUUUGUAACAAAUGCAUUAUACAUGAAUUUAUAUAGAACAAACUGUAUUAAAAUAAUUUGUAUAUAUGUAUAUGUAAUUUAAAUACUGUAUAAUAAAUUCAUUAAACUUGUGAUACAAUAAAUAAUUAUGAAAUUUUAUUAUGAUAUGAUGUUCAAGGUGCAUUCAGUAUUUUUUUCCCCCACUGUGAUUUGUAGAUUCAAGUACUGCCUGCUAUGAAAUUGGAUUGAUAACAUAGAGUGAACGAAUUGAGACAUUUUUAUUUUAUAUAAAGCUGGAGAAGAUUUUAUACAAAGCAACCUUUUUUCAUAUAAAAUACAUAAGAAAUGUACACAAAAUAUAAAUGAAUGUAAACAAAUGCAUAAUAACACAACUAAUCAAUAAAACAUUACUCUUCAAUUAAACUUAUAGGACCUGAUAUAUUUUUCUCUUAUUUUAUGGUUAGGAACAGAACAGGUAUACAGGGUGAAUCUGAAAAUGAAUCAUUCAUCAUAGAAAAUUUGGGCAGAAUGCAAAUGCCAAACCACUAGGUGGCACUGUAAAUGGUAUAAAGAGUUGGCCCUUGCAACCAAUGGUAUUUCCUACUGUGGUUUGUCAGGAGCAUGGUUAGUUAUAUGAACUACGAAAUUUGAAGUGAAAUGGAUUGGUCAAGGUGGGGCCACGUGAAAAGCCUAAUCUAUGAAUGCACUUAUGAAACCAAUAUGGAUCUAGUCACCAGGAUUGCCGGUGAUACUCGGGAAAUGCUUGGUGUCUUUGCAAAUGUACGAUUGCCUGCAUUACACCUUGCAAAAGGCCUUUUAAGCAAUUUUUCGAGCAUGUGCAUCAGUUACAUUCCUGUUAAUAAAAUAUUUUAUCUCCUUUCAUUAGUUCUUUAAAUGUGACAGUGCAAAAUUACCAUUUAACUUCUCACAGCUUGCAUUCCGACCAUACAUUUUGACUAACAUUGCUCAUGUAGAUGUGUUUGUCACUUAAAUUUUAGGAGUUUUAUUGCUUUAAAACAAAUUGGGAAGUGGCUUAAUGAUAGAUGGCAUUGUGUAACCAAUUUCUUUCAAUACAAAGGCAAAGGAAGAUUAAAAGCAUACAUAAAACUCUUAGAAGAGUAAAUAAAAUAAAAUGAAUAUUAAUGAUUAUCCCUUAUAAAGAAAUAGUUCGACUUGUCAAGAUAACUUUAGACUGGUAAAAUUAUAACAAAACAUAAAUGGCAUUUUUUAACCCAUGAAGCAGCCAACCUGGGCAUAUACUUUAAAAAAUAUUUGUCGUGGUAUAUUUAAGUACAUGCACACACGUUUUAAAAUGUAUUCAGACAAUUAAGCUAAUAUAUAUAUUGACAUAAAAAGUACAAAGUAGGAGGGUUUUUUAUAUUUAUAAUCAAGAAAAUAACAUUUGCUUGUGGUCUUUUUUGAAACUUAUGGAAUAUAAAGCUAAAACCUUGGCCAUUUGGAGGGUUAAAGGAAUAAAUUUCAGUAUUGACGUGUCGGUAUUCACAUAUAUGUAUACAUAUAUACUAUAUAGGAAUACUGAUAAGUGAAUGUUGAAAUUAUUUAUUCCUUUAAUAUAUAUAUAUAUGUGUGUGUGUAUGCGUGCUUUUCGACAUAUGUCCAAAUGACGGCUUUUGUAAGCAGAGUUGUGCUUCUUAGAAACAUGUAGCAUUUGUUUCCUUUUUUGCUGCAUCUGAACUGUUUAGAAAUUCACUCUUUAGCAAGCUUAAUGUCAAAUUAAGCUGGUAUCCUAGGCAGCUGUUUACAUUACCUUUGCUUGAAACUGAGUUGAGUAAAUUUUUCUGUUUGCCUUCUGGAUCACCAUCUAGAAUUCCAAAGUGCUGUUAGGGAACUUCACACUUGUGACUGGUUGUUUUAAGUGAGGUAGGUACACUGCUAAAAAAAAAAAAAAAAAAAAAAA